CCCGCCCCCUGCAGGAAGAGAUUCAACAGUUGGCGUUGAAGCGGUCAUUCAGGCCCAGGACCAGGACCAGGACCAGGACCAGGACGCCUCAUGUCACUGCUGGAGCCCCAUGAUGUCAUCAGCAAGGGAGCCACAAAGUCUCGUCUUCGAGUUUGCAGCCCCCGACUGCCCAGACGCAGAGCCUCUAGUUUUGGAUCCCCCAAAACCUUGGUGGGCUCAGAGGCCAGACCUCCCAACCAGAGUCCAUGUUUGCAGACUGGAUCUUCAUCACAGGAACCCGUGAAACCUGCUCGCAGGAUGAGCUUCAGUGGGAUCCUUAGAUCAUCACGGGAGUUGAACCACAGACCUUUCUUUCCUUCUCUCAGACUCCGGGGCGUCAGAGAGCAGAGCAGAGCAUCCUCCCAGCCCUUCCCUUCUCGCCCUGCCCCACCCCCAGAGCUGUUCCAGUUGGAGAUCUAUCAGACGGAACCUCGGAGCAGGAGGCCUCGCUCUUUCUCUUCUCCUCCUGACACUCAGCAGCUCAGCUCUUCUUGGACCUCCUCCCCUCAGGGGGCGCCCCCUCUGGUGGAGGUUGAGGGUCAAAGGUCAGAGGCUGACACAGACGCAACAGGAUGGGCGGAGUCAGAGCGUGACAUCUACAUGCGCUUCAUGAGGAGUCAUAAAUGUUAUGACAUCAUCCCCACAUCCUCCAAGUUGGUGGUGUUCGACACCCACCUGCAGGUGAAAAAGGCCUUCUUUGCUCUGGUGGCCAAUGGCGUGAGAGCAGCGCCGCUGUGGGAGACCAAGAAGCAGAACUUUGUGGGGAUGCUGACCAUCACGGAUUUUAUCAACAUCUUAACAAGAUACUACAAAUCACCCAUGGUUCAGAUCUAUGAGCUGGAAGAACACAAGAUUGAGACGUGGCGAGAACUUUACCUGCAGGAAACAUUCAAACCUCUUGUCCACAUCUCACCUGACGCCAGCAUUUUUGAGGCCGUCCACUCCCUCAUCAAAAACAAGAUCCAUCGCUUGCCGGUCAUCGACCCAGUCAGUGGAAAUGCUCUCUACAUCCUGACACACAAGAGGAUCCUCAAGUUCCUGCAGCUUUUCGUGUGUGAGAUGCCCAUGCCUGCCUUCAUGAAAAAGAGCCUGGAUCAGUUGGGCGUGGGAACCUUCCAUAACAUCGCCUUCAUCCACCCAGACACGCCCCUCAUCACCGCCCUGUCCGUCUUUACCCGCCGCCGCGUCUCUGCGCUGCCCGUCGUUGAUGAGAACGGUCGAGUCGUGGACAUCUACUCCAAGUUUGACGUCAUUGUGAGUAAAACACCACCUGGUGGCCCCGAGGAGUUACAGCACAGUGUGGAAAAUAACCUGGCGGCAGAGAAGACCUAUAACAACUUGGACAUCACCGUCACUCAAGCACUCAGGCAUCGAUCACAGUACUUCGAAGGUGUCAUGAAGUGUCACCGUCUGGAGACCCUGGAGACCAUCGUGGACCGCAUCGUGAAAGCCGAGGUCCACAGACUGGUUGUUGUUGAUGAAGAGUCACGAAUCAUCGGCAUCGUUUCUCUAUCAGAUAUUCUCCAAGCUCUGAUCCUGACACCAGCAGGUCUGAGCAGGGUGGGCUCUAUGCCACGUCAAGGUGACCACCUGGGAGAGGAGAACCUGAAGAAGGAGAAGGUGGCUGAAGGCUCCCUGCUGAAUGAUGGAGACCAGGAGGGGGAGCAGUGGGAGUCUCCUGCCAGGGAGGGGGGGACAGCGUGGGUGGGGGAGGAGAAACUGGUUGUGUUUGGAGAAGAAGGAGGUGAAUUCAUAAGUGCAGGACAGGAGCGAGCAGGAGCAGAACAGAUUCAGGAGGAGGAGAAGGAGGACACGGAGAAGAUAGAGGAGGUGAAGCAGGAAACAGCGGACACUGAGGAGGAAGUGAAGGAGGAAACAGACAAGGAGGAGACUGAGGAGGAGGUGAAGGAGGAAACGGAGAAGACAGAGGAGGAGGUAAAGGAGGAGACAGAUGAGGAGGUGAAGGAGGAGACAGAGAAGACGGAGGAGGAGGUAAAGGAGGAAACAGAUGAGGAGGUGAAGGAGGAAACAGAGGAGACUGAGGAGGAGGUGAAGGAGGAAACGGAGAAGACAGUGGAGGAGGUAAAGGAGGAGACAGAUGAGGAGGUGAAGGAGGAGACAGAGAAGACGGAGGAGGAGGUGAAGGAGGAAACAGAGGAGACGGAGGAGGAGGUGAAGGAGGAAACAGAGGAGACGGAGGAGGAGGUGAAGGAGGAAACAGAUGAGGAGGUGAAGGAGGAAACAGAGGAGACGGAGGAGGAGGUGAAGGAGGAAACAGAGGAGACGGCUGAGGAGGUGAAGGAGGAAACAGAGAAGGAGAUGGAGCAGGGGGUGACGAGUGAAGCUGGGGUAGAAACGGGACAGGAGGAGCAGGAAGUAGCAGAAUAGGUGCAGCAGGAGGCUGAUAAGGAGGAGGGUUUCAGGAGAGGAGGACCUAGGUGUUGACCGGGUGAAGCGACGCUCAUCACUCGUCUGCGGGUGAGUCACCAGCAGCCAGCUGGGGAGCUCAAAAGUUGACUGGUGAGCAGGACCUGCCACCUUGACACCUCAGACUUGCAUGGCGCGUCCUUCUAAACUGACUCUGCCUUGGCGGGCGGCCUUCGGUGGGGACGUCCCCAAGAAGAAGGCUGGACCUGUCAGUGGUUGACGUGGGGUGACCUGGACUCCGCAGGACGUGUGGUCACGUGGUGUGCCGGCUCAGAUCAUGCGAAUGUGAAUUGAUUCAAUAAAAUACCCGAUUGGU